AUGUUUAGAAGCGGACUAUCCAGAGACAUUCGGAAGAAAAUGAUCGUUGCGGAUAUGCAAGUGCUGCUUCCGGCUGGAUCGCAGAAUCCAGGAACCCACAUCCCAUCCUCGUCUCGGCUAGUUUCAUGGGGCCUACCAGCCUCGCGGAUACAGCAAGCUUUCGAUCUGGAAGAUUCCCCGGAUAUCCAUCCCUUGUUGAUGGUCACAUGCAUUAUCCACAGAAAACUAUGUCCGGCUUCGACUCCCGUAGUCCGCGAGUACCCCUUGCUCGUACCAGUCAACUCUUCAACUUCGAAAUUGAUUGACUUCUCGCUUGGAUACCAGGCCUCAAACGAUACCUGA